GAAAACGAGGCAUACCACGAGGGCUUCCGAAAAUUGUUGCACCAUAUAAAUUCAUUUUCGGAAAGGUAGGCCUGAACAAAAAUUGGGUAAAAUUCCAUCAUUUGUUCGUUAUAAACUAACCUUGGUUUCUUGAGGAACAAUUCAAGCAUGGGCGAUCAAAACCAAGCACCAGAUAGCUGGGAAUCUAUUGACCAGAGUGGGAGUGAUGACGGAAUUGGAAAAUCGCUCAGUGGCCUAAAUGUUUCGGCCAAACCUUUCGUUCCGAACGUAAAUGCAAUGGAGUUUGUACCUUCCUUUUUGAAGAGCCAGCCGGAUCCACAAAAGGAUGCAGAUGCAGCUUCAACACAACCUCAGCAAGAAAAAGAAGCAAUAGGAGGUGAAGAGGAAAAAACUGAAAAUAAUAGCAAAGUGGAGGAGAAUGCAGACUGGGAAGACACUGCAGAGGAAGUAGAAGUGAAAGACGAUGAACCAAAAACUGAUGACUUUGAUGAUACUGAAGAAUCACAGACUUCAGAAGAAAAAGAUGAUGAAUCCCCAAGCAGGGAAAGUCCAGUUGAUGAUGCUGCUUCAAAAUCUGACGCUAAAAAAGAUGCCAUUGAUGAACUAUUUGAUGAUUCUAAAGACCAUGUAAAUGUUGUAUUUAUUGGACAUGUUGAUGCUGGCAAGUCAACAAUAGGUGGCCAUUUACUGUAUCUAACUGGCCAAGUCGACAAAAGAACUUUAGAAAAAUAUGAAAGAGAAGCAAAAGAAAAAAACAGGGAGACCUGGUAUUUGUCGUGGGCACUCGAUACAAACACAGAAGAAAGACAAAAGGGAAAGACUGUCGAAGUUGGCAGAGCCUCUUUUGACACACCAAACAAGCACUUUAUUUUGCUGGAUGCACCUGGCCAUAAGAGUUUUGUACCAAAUAUGAUUGGAGGUGCAGCCCAAGCAGAUCUUGGGGUCUUGGUCAUUUCAGCCAGAAAGGGUGAAUUUGAAACAGGAUUUGAAAGAGGAGGACAGACCAGAGAACAUGCUAUGUUGGCAAAGACUGCAGGCGUGAAGUACCUGGUCGUUCUUUUAAACAAAAUGGAUGACCCUACCGUCGAUUGGGCUGAAGAGAGGUAUAAAGAUAUUGAAUCGAAACUUGUUCCAUUUUUAAAGAAGACUGGGUUCAAACCAAGUGAUAUGACUUUUAUGCCCUGUUCUGGAUUCACUGGUGCAAAUUUAAAAGACCCUGUUGAUCCCGAAGUCUGCCCCUGGUAUUCGGGCCCAUCGUUUUUAGAUCUUUUGGAUCAAUUACCUUCCUUUAGAAGACCUUAUGAUGGACCAGUUAAAAUUUUAGUCAGUGAUAGAUAUAAGGACAUGGGUACAAUGGUAAUAGGAAAAGUAGAGUCAGGGACAGUUAAACGCGGAGAGGCAUUCACCAUGAUGCCUAAUAAGCACAUAGUAAAGGUAACGAAUAUAAUUGGCCCAGAUGAAAUGGAGAAGACAUUUUGUCGAGCAGGGGAAAAUGUCAAAUUGAAGUUAUCCGGUGUUGAAGAGGAUGAUGUACUUCCAGGGUUUGUUAUUUGCUCAGCAGAUGCACUUUGCACUAUCGGAAGAACAUUCGAGGCACAGGUCGUGAUUUUAGAACACAAGUCAAUAAUAUGCCCUGGAUAUACGGCCGUUCUCCAUCUACACAAUGCUGUUGAAGAAGUAACGCUGGUUUCUUUACUUGCAACCAUAGACAGAAAAACGGGCGACAGAAGCAAAAACAAACCAAGAUUCGUUAAACAGGAUCAAAUUUGUAUAGCUCGUCUCAAAACUUCAAACGUCAUCUGCAUGGAGACUUUCGCUAAGUUUCAACCAAUGGGACGCUUUACACUGCGAGAUGAAGGAAAAACUAUUGCAAUCGGUAAAGUGCUGAAAAUUGCAGAGAAGCGAGAACAGGCAACCAAGCAAUAAAUGUAUUAGGGCGCUGGAAGAAAGCUCGGAAAAAGCAAGGGAACUUAGUAUUAAAUCUGUAUUAAAGACCUGAAAUUUCUCGAUUGCAGGAACAUUUCGCUGGUACAUGAAAACAUACACCCUUCCUUCGCUUAGUACCCUCUCUUACAUUAUUUCGCUGCUCAGUCUGAGUAUUAAAGGCCAGUAAAUUAAAUGCGAUGUGAAGCGUGUAUGUUUUUUAGUAAUUAGAUGUCUAUUUGCAAAAUGCAUGUUAUGUCCAGCUUUAACUCUAUUGUAGAUUCCAGUUGUUUCCUAAUCAAGUCAAAAGUCCCUAAGUUCCCCAUGCCCAUUUGCUUUUUUGCACAUAUCUUACAUAAAUGGAGAGCCAUAUCAGGGGCGGACACUUGGUCAAAUAUUAGGGGGGCAAGCCUAUUGUUUUAAUAAGAUGACGUCACAUUUCCCAUUGUUUUAGAACAAAAGACCAUUGUUCUCUAAAGUAUUGGGGGGGGCGAUCGCCCCCCCUCGCCCCCCCAAGUGGCCGCCACUGAGCCAUAUAUCCCAUGUUGCUAAAGAAUCGCAGAUCCCAAGACAUUUUACAAGAAAAAAUCUGUUCUCAGGCAAGCUUCAUUUACAGUAUUUCAUUCAUUGUUUAAUAUUCCCGUGUUAAAGUACACCUGUUUGUGAUUUUUAAAACUUUGAUGCCAAAGUCGAUAUUUAUAUACAUAAAAAAAUGAGUCGAUUUCUUAAUGUUGCGAAUUUAGAUUUGGUCGGUGCAAUGAAAUUUAUUUUCGCUGGCA